AACCAUUUCCGAUCGACAUUCCCUUUUAUUUGACGUAGUUUAACAAACGUAAACAAAACAAAAAACUUUAACAGGAACUCUGAAAUAAAGUUGGAUCUGAUUUCAUGUGAUAUGAAAAUAACCAGAGAUUUACCCACAAUUUAACCUAUUUUGUUGAAUUCGCCGUGAUCUAGAAGAACACUGAUGAUAAUGGAUGCGGAGAGUGGAGGAUCAGCUCUGUCCAGCCCCUCGGAGCCGACCAUGUCAGACGGGGCCAGUCCUCAGGAAAGGAAAAUACAGGAUGUCAAAGAAGAAGCAAUGUACAGUGCUGAGUAUGGGAACUACUUUAACAACUGCUAUACACCAAACUCCGAAGAAGACAUGGACUUUGGAUCUCAGACUUCCCCACCGAAAGUCCAGUCGUCUCCUCAGCAAAGAAAGAAGACUUUAAAAAGGCCAUGCAGUAGCAGUACUGAUGAUGUAGUGAUGACCAAGCCCGCGGCUUACAGUGGGAUGGACUCGUCCCAGGACAGCCCUGAUUCUGCCCAACAGCCCACAUCCUCCACCCCCUUCCUCCCUCCCUGUAGAGUGUGCGGGGAGAAGGCGUCGGGGUUUCAUUACGGAGUGAACACGUGCGAGGCUUGCAAAGGUUUCUUUAGACGAAGUUUAAGGAGAAAGACGGAAUACAAAUGUGUGAAAAGUGACAAGAACUGCACCAUUGCUCCAGGGAAGAGAAAUGGAUGUCCAUUAUGUCGUUAUAAUAAAUGUUUAGCUGUUGGAAUGUCCAAAGAAGCCAUAAAGACAGGAAGAUAUACUCAUGAAAAAAGGACCCAGGAUAUCCGUGAAAUCAAGCGGUUACAAAAUCAAGUGGAGGUUAAAGAGGAGGUGGAAAAACCUUCAUUGGAAAAUCAAGUAAAGUUGGCAGCUGUGAAUGAAGAAUACGAGAAAUUGGCAGAACACAUGGACAAUGCUCAGAAAACAAUGUAUGGACCUUUGCUAGCAUUCUGGACCAAUCCAAAGGCUAUUUCAAAACUGACCAGUGAUUAUGCAGAAGCGUUCAGGCUGAAGUCGGAGAUGUUUGGAAGCAUGAACAACCUAUCUAAAGAGGAGUACCAGCAGUUCUAUAGUCAGACUGGGAUUGACCUGGAUAACCGGAUGAUGCUGGUCUCAAACUUUGCCACCAACAUGGAGAAGAGCAUCACCAAGUUUGUGACCUUCACAAAGACAAUUCCAGGCUUUGCCGCUCUCCCCCUCGAGGACCAAGCCAAUCUUGUUAAAUCCUCAAGAUUCGAGUUUUGGAUGUUUGGCUUUUGGAAAUUCAUUGACGUAGAGAACAGGGUUUUAACAGGCCCAGCAAGGAAUUGCUACCACUCCUCAGAACUGUGUAAUGUGUGGAAUAAAGACUUUGUGGAAGCUUUAUUCAAUUUUGGUCAAACCUUACAUAAUCUUCAAAUGAGUGACUUAGAAAUUGCCUUGGUUCGCUGCAUUUGCUUAACAUAUACAGAUCGAUGUGAAUUAAAAAGUCCAGAAAAAGUUGAAGAAAUCCAGUGGAAAAUGAUCAUGUGUCUUAAAUAUAUCAUAGAGAAAAACCACGAUAAUUCAGAACGUUACUUGUCUCGUAUAAUGGACAGGCUGGCAGCGGUUCGCAAUCUAACGGACUGGAGUAACAAGAUCGCACAGGAAGUGAAAUUGGAUUGGCCGAUUUUACAAAGACACCCUCUCCUUCUGGAAAUGAUGUCGAUGUAAUCUAAUUACAUCAGUGAUUGAAGGGUUUCUUUGUCCUGUGUUUUAAGCAGUUUGUUAUGUGUUCCUAUAUGAUAAAAGAUAAUUAUUCAUUUCAGUGUAUAUCAUUAAGAAAACAAUUCAAUUUGAUGAAAAUCAUGUAUAGUUAUGAUUUGAUUCUGCUUUAUUUAAGAGAGCUGACUUGAUAAAUCUCUUAAUGGUAUGAUUUAAAUCCAUGUUUAAAUAUGCAUACAAAUCAAAACAGGGUUACUUGUUUGUAAUUUUGCACUUAUUUUUAAAAUUUUCUGCACAAGAUUAGAUAUACAUAUGGAAUAGGAAAGACAUUUAACUAUAUACAGUGUAUAUGAACAUGUACAAUGGUAGACGUGUUAAUUGUAUGUGCCAUGUUGGUUUAUAUCCCUCUCUCUUUCUCUACUGUGUAGAUGAAAAUUUGUAUUUUAAGUUUAAACAAUAUUUUAUUUCAAAAUGAAGUAGGAUCAGACAGCAGGCAUGGCCUAUUUUUGUCCUCUCCCUUAAGAGGUUGAAGUUUAUUCUAUUUCAGUUUUAUCCUUUUGGUAGCAAAAACACUGAUGGUUUUCCUGACACAAUAUUUCCCCACUUUCACAUUGUUAUGCAAUGAUACUCUCAGAUGUAUUUUUGGGCCCUAUUUUAAAAAAAACCACUCUACUAGUUGGAGUUUUUAAAGUACUAAACUAUGAAUUUAUCUGAUUCAGGUAGCCUGGAUGCAAUUUUUCCUUUUAGAAUCAUUUGAAAAUUAUUAAUAUCUCUUUCCAACUCAAUCAACUGAAAUGCAUAAUUUGUUCAUGUAUGAAAAAAUUCUUUUUUACUCAAAUUAUAUUUCAUUUUGGCUGUUAUUCUAUAAAACAGUAUUCUAGAAUUGCAAGACUUACGAUUUUUUUUUUCAAUUAUAAGAUUUAGAGUUUUUAUUCUUCAAAUUUUAGGAAUGUUGUACCGAGUGAAAAUUGUGUUGAUCUGUGAUGAAUGAAUGGUGCUUUUGGGCAAAUAUAUGUAAAAUGCUGGUCAUUUUAUGCAGAUGCUUGUUAUAUGAUGUGAUCACUGUAUGAUAUGCUUUAUCAAAAGAGUUUAAUUUUGUCAUUUUUUGAAUGAAAAAUAUCAUGUUUAAUAUACAUAUAAUAUGAUUCAAUAGAUGGUAGAUUUUUACCUAUAUAUAACUGUACUGUGGAAUCAUUUUUAAUUCAUAGGGCGAAUUAUCAUGUAAUGGUAGAUUUUUGUAGGGUUGUGGGAAAGUAAAUCUGUGGAUCCUGCCUUAAGAAUAUACGUACAAAUCAAAUUUACAAAAUUUGUUGAGGAUGUGAAUUCUUGGAUGAGGAGUACCUACAAAAUCCAGGAAAAUUGAGGGACCUAGAUUAUCAAUGAUUCCACAGAAGUUUAGUUUGUAAAUUGGUGCAAUGCAGUUUCUUUUGAGGAUGUAAUGUGUUUAUUUUAUAACUGGUACUAAAAAUUGAAAGGUUUAAUUCUAAAAUAUAGAUGUUUCUUUUAGAAAUAUUUUUACUCUUUAUAAUGUUUGAAAGUUCUUAAGGUAAAUUUUAUUUGGUUCCAUUAACAGGAUUGUAUUGUAUCUGUGAUAAAAGAAAGAUCAAUCUUCAAUUUGCUGUAAAUUCAAUCAAAAAGGAAGAUUACCUACAAACAUACUUAGCACUGUUAUAG